AUGAUUGGCAAAAAUCCGGUACCUGACGACGAGUACUAUGAUCACAUAAGGCUGGAUGUUGAGGGCUAUUAUGAACUACUCAAACUUGUCGAAUCCAAGCUUAAAAAACAAAAAUGGGUGAAGACUCCGAUUCCUCCUCAUCUGCGUUUACAAAUUUGUCUGAGAUAUUUGGCAUCUGGGGACAGUAUGCUCAUGAUUUCUUACGAGUUUGCAACAUCCUGUAACACAGUGUCCAAGAUCGUUACAGAAACAUGUGAAGUUAUUUGGGAAGUUUUAAAAGAUGCAGUUCUUCCAUUACCAAAUAGUGAUCUGUGGAAAGAGAAAGCACACGAAUUCAAGAAGCAAUUGAAUUUUCCACAUUGCAUGGGUGCCAUCUUUGGAAAGCAACUUUUGUUUCAGACGCCUUUUUAUUCGGAAACAAGAGGUAAGGAUAAGGGAAAUUUGGCAUUUUUCGGAAUCAUAGAUGCCAAUUGUUGCUUUUCUUUAUCAAGCAUUACCCAAGAAUCCAUGACAGAAAACAGUAUUGUAUUCUCGCAAAGUGAAGUUGGACGUGAUUUGCAAGAUAAUGUUUAUGAUUUUCCACUGGAGUUGUCAGAAGAGUAUUCAGAUUUGCCGUAUGUCUUGGUGGGUAACAGAGAUUUCCCACUUACAAAUAAUAUAUUGCGUUCUUACGAAUCUGUCGAUACCUUGGAUUUGGCGAAAGAUGUAUAUAAUGAGAAAAUUGAUCAUGUCAGCAAGUAUGCCAGCAAUGCAUUUGACAUAUUAACUAGUCAAUGGAAAAUAUUUCACAAGAAAUUUUGCACCAACGCUUCUAAUACAACUAAAAUUAUCAGAGCAGUCGUGUGUUUGCAUAAUUUUGUCAUGAAAAGAGAUAUAGCAAAGCCUAUGAAUGAAAGACAGUAUGCCGUCAUCAUAGAAAGAGAUGCAAGUGAUUACCUUCAAGGCUGCAUUGAUAUAUUUAUGAAAGCUGAAGAUCCAAGUGAUGAGGCAUUGAAAGGAAGAGAAAAAUUCAAAAAACUUUUUUGUAAAGUAACGUCAAUUACAAUACAAGACUGGAAUUCGACCUAA